AUUUUGAAUUGAAGAGUUUAAGUGAUGCCAAAGUGAUCGACAAUAAGAUGGAUGGCAUUGAGUCCAACGGUGUCCGUAUGUUAACCAUUGAGUGGGAAAUGAUGGAUAAGAGUCGCUUCUUCGGGUUGUCGGCCAUCAACUCUUUGGGUCUCAGAGUUGUCUUAUAUCCACUGACUGUAAUCAAAACUCGACUUCAAGUACAAAGACAUGGAGUAGUUUACAAAGGCACUUUUGAUGCCUUCAGGAAUAUCAUCAAAAAUGAAGGAUUUUCCGGUCUAUAUAAAGGAUUUUGGAUAAAUUCAGUACAAGUGGUUUCAGGCAUCGGAUAUAUCUUAACAUAUGAAAAGAUUAGAGAUAUUUUGUCUAAAAAUAAUAUACACGACAAUCGUCUUAAAGGACUUAUAGCCGGAGGUUGCGGGUCAUUAGUCAGUCAAACUAUAAUAUGUCCAUUCGAUGUUAUAUCACAACAUCUGAUGCUUUUAGGAAGUGGUCAUAAAAGCCAAAUGUCUUCAAAUGUCUCUAAACUCAACUUAGACCUCAAAGGGUACAAAGGUUUUGGUGCCGCCAAACAAGUUAUUAAAGAACUUUAUCGUAUCGAUGGUGGACUUAAAGCCUACUAUAGAGGAUACUUAUCAUCAGUACUGACAUAUGUUCCAAGUAGUGCUCUUUGGUGGAUGUUUUAUCCAAUGUAUUCGGGUUAUUUAUUUUCAUUAUCACCUGAAGACACGUCUCAAAUGCUAAUUCAAUGUGUUUCUGGAUCUAUAUCUGGAAUAACAGUAGCAGUUAUAACAAAUCCAUUGGAUGUGUUGAGAGCCAACAUUCAAGUCCGACGCAUCGGUUCCUUCAUAUUUGCUGUAAAGCAGAUUUGGGCUGAAGAACAGUUCAAUAUAUUCAGGAAAGGUUUGUCCGCUCGUAUCACUCAAAGUUGUAUUUCGUCGGCAUUUAUUGUCGCAGGCUACGAAACACUCAAACGUUUAAGCAUUAAUGAAGAGCACAGACAUUCAAUUAAAUGGUAGGACUCACUGACUAAUGCAA